CAGCAUCUGUUCUUCACUAGAUCUACUAGAUCAUCUGAGGGAUUUGACUGAAUCAAGAUGCUGCUGAUCAUUGAAGCUCUUCUUCUCAUUUUAGCUGCUCUAGGACAGGAUCACAGCGCUGCUGCUGUUGAAGGACAGAUAUAUCAAUUGGAUAUGGCACCGAAUUCUGUUGAUGAUCAAUAUGACGGUUGUAAAGAUGAAAUGGCAAAACUGGUGAAGACAGAACUUCUAAAGAAUGAACUCAAAAAAUCACCUGAUUUUAAAACGGCUUGGGAAAAAGGGGAAAAGUUUGCCAAGAGCCAAAAUGAUGAUUUGACAAAGAAUCAUUCAAUCGCCAUUUAUGUGUACAGUGAUGCUCUUGUAUAUAAGCCCUUCAAUAAUGACACUCGUCAUGAUAAAAACCAGUACAAACACAUGAAAUACAAAUGGUAUUCACUUCACUUUCUGUUAACAAAUGCAAUACAGAUUCUGAAGAAAACACAAAAUCAAUGCUAUACUACUUAUCGGGGCACAAAUUUAUUUUAUAAGAAUGUUCUGAACAAAGAGGUUCGAUUCGGCUCAUUUGCAUCCUCCUCUCUUGAUCGUAAAGUAGCACGAGGUUUUGGAAAUGUAUCUUGUUUUGAAAUCAACACUUGUAAAGGUGCUAAUGUGACAGAAUAUUCUAAGCUUCCUCAUGAGAAAGAGGUGCUGAUUCCUCCAUAUGAGAAGUUUAAAGUCACUGCUGUCAAGACAAGAGGUGAGCAGAAAGAUCCCUGGUGUGAAACUGUGUUCUAUUUGAAUAGCACUGAAACAAGAAGUGACCUGAACUGUGCUCUAUUCAAGAAACCAUCCAAGACCAAAACAAAGUCUUAUGUGCUGAACAACGUGCUUUGAA